AUGAAACGAAGACAAGUUUCUGGAGUCGUCACCCCAGGCCCGAAAAGACAGUCUCGACAAGACCCCGUUUCCUGCGAGUCCUGUCGAAAGAAGAAGCUGAAGUGCGACAGAGAGCUUCCCUGUAGUAGCUGUUCUUCGCGUAAACUGGAGUGCAGCUAUGGCAGCUACGCCUCGGGGACAACCCCUGUGCGACCCAUGAGCCAAACAGAUCGGAGGCCCAUGUUGGACGAUCGCGUAUCUGAGCCACCUCGGACCUUGCAGUGGACUCCACGACAGGACACGGAGACACAAAGUCGCAAUGGAAAUGAGCCCCUUUUGACAGCCGAUUGGCUUGAGACAAUUGUUAUGGGACACCGUAUCCCUAGUGCAGUCCCUGCUACACUGAGGGCGGAGAUCUCCCAGCGGGAACCCGAACGCUCGCCUUCCCAGCAAAACAGCACACCUGGUGAUCGAUUGCCUCCGAUGUGUGAACGACUCGCCUCUCGCGAGAAUCCGGCGACAAUUCAUCUGCAGUCGUAUUUGCCACCACUGGCAGAAGCGCUGAGUCUAUUUCGGUAUUAUUGUAAAUACCUUGACUUCCAGUAUCAUGUCAUCAUCCCCAGUCGCGUGGAACGACAAAUUGAGACGAUUUACGAGCGUGUUGAGCGAAAUGAGUCUAUCAACUUGGCGCACACUGCUCUACUGUUCAGUAUCACUGCUGCUGCCCUGUAUUACCAACUCCUGAUAGAGUCAUCCGAGCACGCAGAACAAUUCAGUCAGGACAGUACAUUUUUGGCAGGCGCUGCAUUGAUCCAGAGCAAUUAUAUCCCUUAUCCCAGCCUCGAAGGACUGCAAGCGACUAUGAUCAUUGGCCAUCAUCUGUCCAACAUGAACUUGCCCUCCUCCGUCAGCCCGUUAUUUGUGCAUAGGUCAUUUGUGAGUCAAGCCACUAGUAUGGGGCUUCAUAUUGUGGACUGUCCUCGGGUUAUUACCGAACGCUUAGCAAAUGGAUUUGAUAAAACGAAUGUUGAACUCAAACGACGGCUGUGGUGGGACUUGGCAACAUACGACUGGUUAAUAGGCUUUUUGAGUGGACCCCAAGAGUGGACGUACUCGAUCCAACCUAAGCAUAUGGUUGUAAAUGAGCCUCUCAAUAUUGAGGAUGAGGAAAUCAACCAUAGCGAACACGGUGUUCCUCUAUCUACUCCGACCGCAAUGUCAUACAGUCUAUGUCGAUUGAAGUUGGCUGUUGUGUGUCGUCAAAUAGUGGAUGAAACGUCAUACUACCAUUUCCAUGGGCAAGAGGCACCCUACGAGAAGAUACUUGAGCUAGAUCAAAAGCUUCACAAGGUACGCGCUGAGAUUCCCGGCUUCUUUCGCUAUGAUCAAGCAUCCCAACGUGAAUUUUCGGUGGUCUAUCGUGAACGACCAACUCUUGCAUGGCAGCGAGCGCUGGUACAACAGGGCUAUCAUUCGCGGCUCUGCCGCUUGCAUCGCCACUACUUUGUGCGUGGAGCAAAGGACUCCAAAUAUUCCUAUUCGCAUAUCGUAUCGCUUCAGUCUGCGCGCAAGGUGCUCGAACUGAAACGCAUUAUGGAUGAGGAAGAGCCUGUGUUCACACCGCACAGCUCGAUUAUAUGGGCAGUCAUGCACCACGUUUUUAUGGCAGCUGCCAUUCUUCUGAUAGAUGUUUGUUUCAACUGGGAUGAUAUUCUGGCAGAGAAACGAAAAGAGGAGGUACUCGACGCUUGUCGAAUGCUCAGUCGGGCACAACAAUACUCUCCAAUGGCACGUGAAGGAAUCAAAGCCAUGAUGGAGAUCUUGCGGAGGCAUUGGAAACACGAAAGAAGAGUAAGCUCUCGCGACUUACAGGAGCUUUCUGCAUCUUCGAAUCCAAAUCUCACAACAGCCAACGCCUCGCAGCCGGAUAUCCCCACGCCUGUUUCAUUGGGUUCCAAGAGCAUCACAUUCCCUCCAGAAAUACCCAACGUUCAAUCGACAAUGUACCCUUCACAAGAUGCAUUGCUUAGUCCGUUGCCUCUCGAAGACAUAUGGACGGAGAUGCUAGAGAGCAGCGCUAAUGUUGAGCUCAAUGCACCAGACUGGACAGACUUGCUCACUGAGUUGACAAAUGUUACUUUGCCUAGUGAAUAA